AUGAAGCCAUGGAUGGACCUGGUCAAGAAACAUGAAAAGGUGGAGAGUGGGCCGCCUGCAAAGGUCCUGUGCACACCCUAUGAGAAGCAACUCAAGAAGAUGCCAGGCGAUCUGACUACGAUGAAGGAGCUCCUCGGUGUGCUGCAACUGCUGAAAUCUGACACCGCAGUUUUUGAGGGAGCUUUGCACCCAGGUGAGGCAGUCUUACAUGCCCUUGGUGAUAGGCACUCGGAGGUGGUGCAGAAUAAUGCGGCUGGACUUGAAGCGUGGUUCCAAGACUAUGCCAAGAUGCGGCAUUCAAACGGACAUCAAGUCAUGUUCAAAGAGCUUCAAGGAUUGGUUCAGUGCAUCGCAUUUGGCCUGUUGCUUGCAAGCGACAAUGACAUCACGCCUGAAAGCGAGAAGGUUCUGGAGCCUUUUGCGAACAUCUUGGACAAGGGGUGGCUACUGCCAGUCCAUGUCAGGAUGAACAUGGAUGCUGUUGCAUCCAGCUAUACCAACAUGAUGCUGGGCUUUCGCGGCGGCGAGCGCCAGCCGCCGAAUGUCCUUCAAAUGUCAUUACGGUUCUCCGCCAUCAUGGAAACUCGGUCCAUGCAGGGCCUACAUUCGAAGGAUUGGUCGGCGGAAGACCGCCUUCGUAAGGUGGUCCAGGAGUUCCACUCUACGAAUGGGAUGCUGCAGAAAUGGUUCCUGGACGAAGAUAAGGUCCACAGCAUCCUGAACAUGAUUACAGCAACAUCGGCGGGAUCCAGGGAACUCAUUGCCAACCAUCUUCACAAAUUCAAGUGGAGCCAAUCCGCCCUCACAUCGGAGCUUUUGAGAAAGCCGAGAUGGCUUCUGAAAGCUGUGCCGCGUGGAUGCCAGCCUCACUUCAAAGUCUUGCUCACAGUCACGGAGACUUCGCAGGAGAUGUUCCUGGCCUUGGUCUAUUCACCAGUUCCACCUCAAGACGCGAAAAGUCCGACCGAACCAGAGGCAGCGGUGCAGGCUGAGGCAGAGCCGGCCAGAUGGACUGUGAAAAACCUUUGCUUGUGGACUGAGAUGGUGCAAAGGGAGACGCCGGCGACAGCAAUGGGAGUUGCUGUUGAUCAAAAGACUGUGGAGGAGAAAGAAGAGGAAUUGGAAAAUGCAGCCUUUGCAUCACUUAAGGCAAAAAUUGCGAACCUUGGCAUUGCGAUGGAUGAUCUCCAUUAUUUGGCUGCGAUUGAUUUUACCAAGCUUGGCUGCGUCGGGCAACAAGACAUCAACCAACAUGCACAGUGGAUGUCGAACGUUCUCGCCAAGAACCCCCUCCGUGGGAAACAUACCAUCAUCUACCAUGCCACAAGCUAUGACGCAGCUUGGGAAAAGGCUGCGGUGCAGCUUUCAUGCCCUGUGAUCGGCCUCACCAUGGACUUGGCGUGCCACAAGCUGGCGUCAAAACUUUUGUGCAGCCACCUGCUGGAGGAAUGGAAGAGGGACUCAGGUAUGAUCAAGGGUGCCAGGUGUGUGCCAGAUUCCCCAAGUCUCCCAGAUACAGUGACUCCUCCAGACUUGCUUGUGUGCAAGGAAGUCGAGGGGAAGUUGACCAUCCCCAGUGAUGCGCGGCAGAAGUUUCUUGGUGACCCGCUGAGAUCUGCAGAGUGGAAGAAACUGCUCAAGAGCUUUGAAAAGCUGCAUGGAAGCGCGUCAACUGCUGCUGCUCCCGCGACUCCCGCGCCUCCCGCGACUGCUCCUGCAACUCCCGCUGGUUCGCCUGCCACGGAUGCAAGUCCUUGGAAGCACAUCUUUGAAGGUGAGCCUCGCGCUCUUACAGAUUUGGUGGCCAAGUACGGUGAACCGUCAUCGACCAUCAGUGCUCCGGGAAGCAGUGGCUUUGUGAUCAAAGUCGUUGAAGGGCCCAAGUUCUUCCUUUGUGCUCCAGUCGCUGGAACAUUUGAUUGCAAUGAGGGCCCGGUUCUGUCACAUGGAGCAGGCUCCUGGCUCCUUGACACCAAAGCUGAGAAGAUGCUGCAAGACAGCCCUGACAAGGCUCAUGUUGCAAAGUUUGAGUCCGACCAGCACCUGUGCAUUCUGGAGGACGACAUUGACGAGAACAUCACUUCAACAGGUUCAACAGGUGCUCCAACUGGUGGUGAUGGUGCCAAAAAGGAGGCUGAUGAGAUCGAGAACAAGAAGGAUGUCCAGGUUGUCAAGAAUGAUGCUGAGGAUGACAAGACGGGUGUUGAGUGUGAGAUUGAUGACAAGAAGGUUGCGGUUGACAAAGAGGAGGACUUGCUGCAGGAUCCACGUUUCAAGAAAGGGUCACGACUGGCGGAUUUCAGUCCGCAGGGGCAGGCGCAACUCAAGGAGGUGCGACGCCUGCGGGCAAUAGAGAACUCCAACAUUUGGCACAACAAGUUUCAAUCGAAGGGAGUGCCGAAGAACCCUGCAGAACCACCACCUGUUGCCGCUGCCCCUGAAGCUGCUGCUGAAGAGUCGAGUUCUUCCAGUUCCAGACCUCUCACCCUGAAAGAUGCUCGUGAGAAGUUUAUGGGCGAUUUCUUUAAGGAGCACAAGAACAACUCUGAGUGGAAGCAUCAGCAGAAGUUCAAGAUGGCAAACGCGGCUUGGAUGGAAAGUGAUCUUAGGUCCAGGAUCAUGCUGGCCAGAAAAGGCCAUGGCUCAAUCGGAGCUGAUUGA